CUGUUCCUUAGUGUUCUUAUUAAUACUAUGUUCUUACAUUCAUAUUAUUACAUGAAGGGAGGUUUAAAUUACAACAUCAGACGUAAAACACAUCAGUGAAUCACUUUGCCACUAAAGUGCGAAAAGUGACUUUUAUUUUGAAAGAUGCGAGUUGUUUACGGAACGGAACGCGUUGAAGAGGAAGUUGCGUCGGAAAGGAUGAUUUCGCGGGAGCAGACGAAGAUGGAUGAACGCAAGUUGAAGCAGAAAGUUAACGCGGGGUUUAAAAUGCGCGGAUUAAUCCUGCGACCUGAGUCGAGUCGCUAUCUGCUGCAAGUUCUGGAGUCUGUCAGUGAAGCAGAUCUCGAUGAAGUUCUCGAGCGAAUCUUAGAUGCCGUUGAAAAACAACCACUGUCGUCCAGCAUGAUCGAGGUGUCUGUGGUAGAAACCGCCGUGCAGGACUGCAGUCAGUCAUGUGAUGAGACCAUAGAAAAUGUUUUCAACAUUAUUGGAGCUUUUGAUGUGCCUCGAUUCUUCUACAGCACAGAGAGAAAGAAAUUUGUUCCUAUUAGCAUGACAACCCAUCCGACCCCCAAACUCUGUGGUCAAUCCAGAGAUAAAGCUGAGCUCUUCAGAGAGCGAUACACCAUUUUACAGCAGCGGACGCACAGACAUGAACUUUUCACCCCUCCUGUGAUUGGUUCAGCUCCAGAUGAAGGAAGAAAUAAAUUCCAGCUGAAGACCGUGGAGGCACUUUUGGGCAGCACAGCUAAACUCGGUGAGGUGAUUGUUCUGGGAAUGAUCACACAGCUGAAAGAGGGCAAGUUUUAUCUGGAGGAUCCCAGUGGUACCGUGCAGCUGAACAUCUCAAAGGCACAGUUUCACAGUGGUCUGUACACAGAGUCUUGUUUUGUCCUGGCAGAGGGAUGGUACGAGGAUUCUGUGUUUCACGUUAAUGCUUUUGGGUUCCCACCCACAGAACCCUCUUCUAUCACCAGGGCAUAUUAUGGCAAUAUAAACUUCUUUGGUGGUCCGUCAACUACUGCGGUCAAGACGUCGGCCAAACUGAAGCAGCUGGAAGAGGAGAAUGAAGACGCCAUGUUUGUUGUUGUGUCAGACGUGUGGUUGGACAGUGUGGAGGUCGUGGAGAAGAUUCACAACAUGUUUGCAGGGUAUUCUGCUAUGCCACCCACAUGCUUCAUCUUUUGUGGGAAUUUCUCUUCUGCACCAUAUGGUAAAAACCAAAUAAAAGCGCUCAAAGAAUCUUUUAAAGCUCUAGCUGACCUCAUUUGUGAGUAUCCCAGCAUUCACAAAAGCAGUCGUUUUGUGUUUGUUCCUGGCCCACAAGACCCAGGACCUGGUGCUGUAUUACCCAGACCUCCUCUGGCUGAGCACAUCACAGAAGAAUUCACACAGCGAGUUCCCUUCUCUGUCUUCACCACCAACCCCUGCAGGAUUCAGUACUGCAGUCAAGAGAUUGUAGUGAUUCGAGAAGAUCUAGUCAACAAGAUGUGCAGGAACUGUGUACGAGUCCCCAGCACAACCCUGGACAUUCCAAGCCAUUUUGUGAAGACCAUCUUGUCACAGGGCCACCUGACUCCUCUCCCUUUGUAUGUCUGCCCGGUGCACUGGGCGUAUGACCACACCUUAAGAGUCUAUCCUGUGCCUGAUGUCAUCAUCUUCGCUGACAAAUAUGACCCAUUCAACAUCUCCAACACGGACUGUCUGUGCAUCAACCCGGGCUCUUUCCCAAGAAGUGGCUUUAGCUUUAAGGUGUAUUAUCCUUCCAACAGAACUGUUGAGGACAGCAAACUGCAAGGGCUUUAAGGCUGAGGGACACUGGAAAAGAACCCUGAUGUCAUGUUUUCAUUGUUGUAUUUGUAUCAACUAAAAGUGUUUAGUCCUUUUUAAGUAAAAUAAAAACAGAAAAAAUG